CCGGGGUUUCACCUGGUUUUGCCCACCGUUGUUGGGACGAAACGCUCAGCGCCAUGGCUGAUUCCGACGCCUCCCCAAGUGCUCCAAUGCAGAGACAGAGCCAGAUUGCGACAGGAUCGUCUGGACAGAUGAGCCGGGGGUCUCAUGAAGGGGGCACCUGCCAUCCAUGCAUCUUCUUUAUCUCAUCUCGUGGCUGUUCCAGCGAGAGCUGCGGCUUCUGCCACCUUCCGCAUGCUCGAGUGGCCGAGUCGGAACGCCCACGGCGCGCGAAGCGGGAUGCGAUCAAAGAGAGGAUCUUCGAGGUGUGCCUCUUGGUCGAGGAUGAGGGUGAGAAGCGCCAACUCCUGCAAAAUGAGGCAUUGAGCCAUCCCUUUGCCUGGAACUACAUCAAAGGUCUCUUAGAUAAACCACCUUUCGAUGUCCGCAGGGUGGACGGGAAUUUGAUUGUGUCUAUUUGAAGAGUUAUAUACGGAAAUGCUUUCAUUUCUGGCCUGGUGACCUUCCGGCCGUGCGUGUUUUGUGGCUGGGAAGGUCCACCUGCGCAGGUGCGUGACGGCCUUUCUUUCUGAAGGCCAGCGAUCUACAAGAUGGAAUGUAGAUCAGAACGCAUGACACGGAGAACCUGUCGAGAAAAACUCGUGGACGG